AUGAACGCCUUCAUGGUCUGGUCGCGGGGCCAGCGGCGCAAGAUGGCCCAGGAGAACCCCAAGAUGCACAACUCGGAGAUCUCGAAGCGGCUGGGCGCCGACUGGAAGCUGCUGAGCGACGCCGAGAAGCGCCCCUUCAUCGACGAGGCCAAGCGGCUGCGCGCCGUCCACAUGAAGGAAUACCCGGAUUACAAGUACCGGCCCCGUCGCAAGACCAAGACGCUGCUCAAGAAGGACAAG